UGUAUUCUGGGAUCUGCACUGAGAUCUUUAGAGAGGAAUCUGUGAUUUAUCAGAGAAAGGUUUACAGUUUUGUACAUCUGCGCUUUCAGGAGUUUUUUGCAGCACUGUAUGUGUUUUACUGCUAUUUACACAAAAACAGUGAGGUUCUGAAAAUGUUCCUGACAGGAAAGUUCAGAAAUCAGUGUGAGGAUGUUCCUCUGAAUACGUUUCUGAAGGGAGCAAUGACUAAAUCUUUAAAGAGUAAAAAUGGACAUUUGGAUCUUUUCCUUAGGUUUCUUCAUGGCGUCUCACUGGAGUCCAAUCAGAGACUCUUACAGGAUGUACUGAUACACACAGAGAACAACCCAGAGAGCAUCAAGAAAAUAAUCCAAAACCUCAAACGAAGUCAGAAAAACAAUGUCAGCCCUGAAAGGUGGAUGAAUCUGUCACACUGCUUGAUUGAGAUGAAGGAUAACUCUGUUCUUAAAGAAAUGCAGGCACUUUUAAACUCUAAAACAAAAAGAAAAAAGCUCUCUCUUGCACAAUGCUCAACUUUGGCAAACAUAAUCCUGAUGUCAGAGGAGGUGCUGGAUGAGUUUGAUAUUAAACAGUACAAUAUCAACACUAGAGAGGGCAGAUGGAGACUGUUACCUGCUGUGAGGAACUGCAGAAAAGCUUUUUUGGCAGGCUGUAAUCUCACUGGUCAGCACUGUGAAAUUGUGGCUUCAGCUCUACAAUCAUCAAACUCCCCCCUGAGAGAGCUGGACCUGAGUAACAAUCAUCUGCAGGAUUCAGGAGGGAAGCUGCUAGCUGCUGGACUGAAAAGUCCAAACUGUCAACUCAAUAUACUCAGAUUAUCUGGCUGUUUGGUGAAAGAGGAAGGUUGUGUUGCUCUGACAUCAGCUCUGAGUUCAAACCUUUCACACCUGAGAGAGCUGGACCUGAGUAACAAUCAUCUGCAGGAUUCAGGAGGGAAACUGCUCGCUGCUGGACUGAAGAGUCUAAUCUGUCAACUCAACAUACUGAGAUUAUCUCAGUGUUUGGUGACAGAAGAAGGUUGUGCUGCUCUGGCAUCAGCUUUGAGUUCAAAUCCCUCACACCUGAGAGAGCUGGACCUGAGCUACAAUCACCCAGGAGAAUCAGGAGUGAAGCUGCUCAAACAGCUCAAACAUCUGGGCAAACUCAAUGUGGAUCAUGGAGGAUUUCACAUGAUCACAGCAGGACUCCACAAAUACGCCUGUGAUCUCACACUGGAUCCAAACACAGCAGACAGACACCUCGUUCUGUCUGAGGAGAACAGAAAGGUGACGUGGGUCUCUGAGGAACAGUCAUAUCCUGAUCAUCCGGACAGAUUUGAUGAGUGUCCUCAGGUUCUGUGUUCAGAGAGUCUGACUGGAUGCUGUUACUGGGAGACUGAAUAGAUUAAAUGAGAAGUUUAUAUAUCAGUGUCUUAUAAAGAAAUCAAGAGGAAAGGAUGGAGUGCUGACUGUGUGUUUGGAGGUAAUGUGAACUCCUGGAGUCUGAUCUGCUCUGGUCACACAUUCACUGCUCUUCACAAUAAUACACACACUGUGAUCUCUGCUGCUCCAGACUCCUGUAAGAGAGUAGCAGUGUUUCUGGACGAGUCGAGCGGCUCUCUGUCCUUCUACAGCGUCUCUGACACACACACACACACACACUUACACACAUUCACACACACAUUCACUCAACCUCUACACGCUGGAUUUAGACUUCCUUAUUCAAACUCUUCAGUGUCUCUGUGUCACAUUAAACAUUAAACACACACAGACUCUCUCUCUCUCACACACACACACACACACUCACACACACUCACACACACACACACACUGAUAAAUAUGUGAAAAAUAAUAUGUCAUAUUUACUCUGUUGUGUCAUAUUUCUCAGGCUGUAUUUCCAGGAGUUCAUUUAAUUUUAGUGUAAUAGAAUUCAGAAUAAAAUUACUUCAUCAUCAUCAUCAUCGUUAUUAUUACAGUUUUGAAACCAGCAUUGAAAAGCAGUGAUAGAGAAAAAAAAAAGUGUUUAUGCAACUCUACUUCAGAUAAAUUCUUUUGAAACA